GAAGGAGGAGGAGUUUCAAUCACCUUCCAUUUCUUAAUUCAGUGUCACGUUUUGAGCGUUUUAUAACAAGUGGACUCUGUUCUCUGUCUCCAGGCUUGCUACAGAAACUACAGCAAGCACUGCUAGGGAAUCAGAAGGUAUUCAUUGACAGCAAGUUCUCUUGUGAAAUUUAUCAACCUUUUUUCCUACUAAGGGACUGGAAGACUCUUGUUUGCAGAUGGCAAAUGAAGCAAAACCUUGUCCAUGCAACCUUGGAGACAAGUUUGACUAUGAAGGGCAGGGACAUGAAGUUUCUGUUGAACACAUCAGGGCUUAUCUGACCAAGCCUCCUCAUCAUACUGACAAAGCGGUCAUAGUGAUACAUGACAUUUUUGGAUGGCAGCUACCAAAUACCAGAUACAUGGCUGACAUGCUUGCAUCUAAGGGAUACAUAGCAAUUGUCCCAGACUUCUAUAAAGGACAAGAACCUUGGAAACCAUCUGAUGACUGGGCAAGAUUUGAUGAUUGGAGAAAAACACGUGAUUCCAAAGAUACCAACAGGGAAACAGAUGUUGUCUUGAAGUACCUGAAGGAACAAUGCAAUGCUAAGAAGAUAGGUGUUAUUGGAUUUUGCUGGGGUGGAGCUGCUGUUCAUCAUUUGAUGUUGAGAUAUUCUGAAUUUAAGGCUGGUGUAUCAGUUUAUGGAGUCAUCCGGUUUCAAGAGGACAAUUACAAUCUGAGGAACCCCACAUUUUUCAUUUUUGGAGAGAAAGAUGAACAUAUUCCUCUUAACCAAGUUGCUGAACUAGAGCAAAACCUGAAAAAACAAUGCAAAACCGAUUUUGAAGUGAAAAUUUAUCCAGGACAAACCCAUGGCUUUGUACAUCGAAAAAGAGAAGACAUUAACCCUGAAGAUAGGCCUUGCAUUGAAGAAGCAAGGAAGGACAUGCUUAAUUGGCUGAACAAAUAUAUCUAACAGUCUGUUAUAUGUUAAUAGCAAAAACAAUUAAGGGUUUUUCUUAAUGAAGAAUUGCAAUGCUGAGCACAUCUCACAAUACACCGUUUCCCCAAGAACCAACAGUUUCAUGUUGGCCAGAUAAUGUUAUAAUGACUUCAGAAUAAUUAAUGGUGAUUUUGCUGCUGCCAUCACCUAUCUAACUCAAGAUCAAAUGCAUCUUGUAUGACCCUUCGUUUCCUAUUUCUAGCAACAAAUUGAUUUUGAAACAGCUUUUUGCUUACAUUAAGAAAUAACAUGUUAUUUCUUCCACACUGAAGCCUACCGUUUUAAAGGAAUAAAAAAAAUCACAGAUCAAUGUUAAAUAGAUGCUAUAGAAAAUAAUUGUGCCGGAUCACUUUUUUCAUGCUUCAUCUUAGUAUAUAUCUAGAAUAGACUUGUCAACCUACCAAGGGAACACACUAUGCCUCUGAACGGGCUGUGCUUCACCACCUUUAUCUCCAUGCCACUUUCCUAAACAUAAAAAAGAAUUCCUCAGCCAAGUUGUCUUCAUUUGAAUGCAAGAUCCUGUUCUAGCAAAGAUCAAGUCCCAGCUUUUAAAAAGGGCCUAAUUUUGUAGUCAUAUGUAGAGGGGCUCACAUAAAGAAUAGUCCUUCACAGUGAAGCCCCUUCUACACUGACGCUAUGGUGUAGCUUGGAACCGGUUUGGGAGAAACUGGUUUCGCUGAUCAGACUUUCUUGUGACUUUUUAAAAACACCGUUUCCUGUUUAACCCAUGCUGCAGCACAUAUUGCCCACUGUCAAUUGUCUCAAGUCAACUUGGAGCUGCAUUAUAUAGAAAGUGUUAGAUGGCCCUGAGACACAUUUCUCUCAGCAGGGAUUAUUUCACUGUUGCCAGAAUAAAAUGCUACACUCUCCUCAAAAUAAAUAAGCAACCAAAGCAGUAAACAUGUUCGUCAAUAUUAAUAGCCAAGCUGCUUACCUUCAGGAUUUGUAUCUGUUUUCUAGUUCUAAAGUUUCAAAACAAAACUUUAUGUUUCCAACUGGAAAGAAAUAUUUUCUGCCUAUGUGUAUUCUGACUCUUUAGAUAUUGGUGAAUAUUCAUUACGCAAACAGAAAUAAUCAUGUGAACAUGAGACAUUUUUAUAACUUGUGAUAUCCUGAAAUAUCCAUGGGAUCAGCAAAUACCCCAACAGUGAUUAAAUGCAUGCUUUUUAUUAAUAAACUCUAAAUGUAUGCUUUUUCAUUUAUGUGCAUACUAAAGUGUUUGUUCUUUGAAGUCAUGAUUUUGGAUUCAUUAUUAAAUUUUCCUGUAAUCCCAUCUAUUCUUCAUCUUCACUGGCAGAUCUGAUUUGGCUGAGAUUCGUCAGUAUCAAGAAUCAUAUAACCUCUUAGUUUUAAAAUAAAUAUAGUGGUUCAUCAUCUACAAAAUAUAAUUUUAAAAGGACAGCCUCAGAGAGAUAAUGUGCAGCUAGGUACCCAUCUAAGCUGUUCUGUGUAUAAUUUAUAAUUUCUUCAUUUCUGUAAUGUCUCAAAAUUACUUUGUGGUAGAACCAUAUAUGUUCAUUUACAUACAAGUGUAUAUUAAUAGUCCAGGCAGUAGCUAGCAUAUAUUCUUUAAUUGUUGAGGUAAUAAAACAAGCCAUUGUUAUAAUGA